AACGCCGGGGCGGGAGGCGGGAGGGCGGAGCCGAGCCGGAGCGGGCUGAGUCACCGCUCACUCCGCUUGCGGGUCCGUCAGUGAGGACGGGAGGAAUGCCAGCUCGCCAAUUUAUCCCCCUUCUCUGGUGUCACGCGCCGGGGGAGGGCGCCUCUGCGCGCCUUUGGGUUCAUCCUGUGUGGGGUGGAGAGAGCGGCUGCGCCGCGGAGGUGGAUGCGGGGUGCUGGAGUGUCACAUCAUCGUCCCUUUUCGUUAGGAAAGUUUAACAGGCUUGAGUAUUAUGGGAAGGGGGUGUUGACUAUCACUGCCGUGUUUUCCUACUGUUUAAAGGGUUGAAGGUUGGAUUUGAUAUAAAACUAUUCUGGGAAAGUUCACAUGGCGAAGAUUGUUACUAAUAAGCAAAACUAAUCCUAUACGAGCAUUGCUUUUCAACUAGAGCCAUGCAUUGGAAUCGCCUGUGAUUACACAAGAACCUGAUAACGUUGAUUGCCUGUGGGAAGGGGAGCUGGUGGCCAAUGGUUGAGAACAGGACUUUUUAUGCUGAUGUAGCCCAGCAGUUCCAGUAUGCUGUGCGGGUGAUUGGCAGCAACUUCGCCCCAACUGUUGAAAGAGAUGAAUUUUUAGUAGCUGAAAAAAUCAAGAAAGAGCUUAUUCGACAACGAAGAGAAGCAGAUGCUGCAUUAUUUUCAGAACUCCACAGAAAACUUCAUUCACAGGGAGUUUUGAAAAAUAAAUGGUCAAUACUCUACCUCUUGCUGAGCCUCAGUGAGGACCCACGCAGGCAGCCAAGCAAGGUUUCUAGCUAUGCUACGUUAUUUGCUCAGGCCUUACCAAGAGAUGCCCACUCAACCCCUUACUACUAUGCCAGGCCUCAGACCCUUCCCCUGAGCUACCAGGAUCGGAGUGCCCAGUCAGCCCAGAGCUCCGGCAGUGUGGGCAGCAGUGGCAUCAGCAGCAUUGGCCUGUGUGCCCUCAGUGGCCCCGCGCCUGCGCCACAAUCUCUCCUCCCAGGACAGUCUAAUCAAGCUCCGGGAGUAGGAGAUUGCCUUCGACAGCAGUUGGGGUCACGACUCGCAUGGACUUUAACUGCAAAUCAGCCUUCUUCACAAGCCACUACCUCAAAAGGUGUCCCCAGUGCUGUGUCUCGCAACAUGACAAGGUCCAGGAGAGAAGGGGAUACGGGUGGUACUAUGGAAAUUACAGAAGCAGCUCUGGUAAGGGACAUUUUGUACGUCUUUCAGGGCAUAGAUGGCAAAAACAUCAAAAUGAACAACACUGAAAAUUGUUACAAAGUAGAAGGAAAGGCAAAUCUAAGUAGGUCUUUGAGAGACACAGCAGUCAGGCUCUCUGAGUUGGGAUGGUUGCAUAAUAAAAUCAGAAGAUACACGGACCAGAGGAGCCUGGACCGCUCAUUCGGACUCGUCGGGCAGAGCUUUUGUGCCGCCUUGCACCAGGAACUCAGAGAAUACUAUCGAUUGCUCUCUGUUUUACAUUCUCAGCUACAACUAGAGGAUGACCAGGGUGUGAAUUUGGGACUUGAGAGUAGUUUAACACUUCGGCGCCUCCUGGUUUGGACCUAUGAUCCCAAAAUACGACUGAAGACCCUUGCGGCCCUAGUGGACCACUGCCAAGGAAGGAAAGGAGGUGAGCUGGCCUCAGCUGUCCACGCCUACACAAAAACAGGAGACCCGUACAUGCGGUCUCUGGUGCAGCACAUCCUCAGCCUCGUGUCUCAUCCUGUUUUGAGCUUCCUGUACCGCUGGAUAUAUGAUGGGGAGCUUGAGGACACUUACCACGAAUUUUUUGUAGCAUCAGAUCCAACAGUUAAAACAGAUCGACUGUGGCACGACAAGUAUACUUUGAGGAAAUCGAUGAUUCCUUCGUUUAUUACGAUGGAUCAGUCUAGGAAGGUCCUUUUGAUAGGAAAAUCAAUAAAUUUCUUGCACCAAGUUUGUCAUGAUCAGACUCCCACUACAAAGAUGAUAGCUGUGACCAAGUCUGCAGAGUCACCCCAGGACGCUGCAGACCUAUUCACAGACUUGGAAAAUGCAUUUCAGGGGAAGAUUGAUGCUGCUUAUUUUGAGACCAGCAAAUACCUGUUGGAUGUUCUCAAUAAAAAGUACAGCUUGCUGGACCACAUGCAGGCAAUGAGGCGGUACCUGCUUCUUGGUCAAGGAGACUUUAUAAGGCACUUAAUGGACUUGCUAAAACCAGAACUUGUCCGUCCAGCUACGACUUUGUAUCAGCAUAACUUGACUGGAAUUCUAGAAACCGCUGUCAGAGCCACCAAUGCACAGUUUGACAGUCCUGAGAUCCUGCGAAGGCUGGACGUGCGGCUGCUGGAGGUCUCUCCCGGUGACACUGGAUGGGAUGUCUUCAGCCUCGAUUAUCAUGUUGACGGACCAAUUGCAACUGUGUUUACUCGAGAAUGUAUGAGCCACUACCUAAGAGUAUUUAACUUCCUCUGGAGGGCGAAGCGGAUGGAAUACAUCCUCACUGACAUACGGAAGGGACACAUGUGCAAUGCAAAGCUCCUGAGAAACAUGCCAGAGUUCUCCGGGGUGCUGCACCAGUGUCACAUUUUGGCCUCUGAGAUGGUCCAUUUCAUUCAUCAGAUGCAGUAUUACAUCACAUUUGAGGUGCUUGAAUGUUCUUGGGAUGAGCUUUGGAACAAAGUCCAGCAGGCCCAGGAUUUGGAUCACAUCAUUGCUGCACACGAGGUGUUCUUAGACACCAUCAUCUCCCGCUGCCUGCUGGACAGUGACUCCAGGGCACUUUUAAAUCAACUUAGAGCUGUGUUUGAUCAAAUUAUUGAACUUCAGAAUGCUCAAGAUGCAAUAUACAGAGCUGCUCUGGAAGAAUUGCAGAGACGAUUACAGUUUGAAGAGAAAAAGAAACAGCGUGAAAUUGAGGGCCAGUGGGGAGUGACAGCAGCAGAGGAAGAGGAGGAAAAUAAGAGGAUUGGAGAAUUUAAAGAAUCUAUACCAAAAAUGUGCUCACAGUUGCGAAUAUUGACCCAUUUCUACCAGGGUAUCGUGCAGCAGUUUUUGGUGUUACUGACGACCAGCUCUGACGAGAGUCUUCGGUUUCUUAGCUUCAGGCUGGACUUUAACGAGCAUUACAAAGCCAGGGAGCCCAGGCUCCGCGUGUCUCUGGGUACCAGGGGGCGACGCAGCUCCCACACGUGAAGCUCGCGGUCCUCCCAGGGAGCUGCGGGUGAUGUUCGUUGCAUUGCUAGACACGAAAUUCCCAUCGACGUCCUGCAGGAACUGCAUGCUGCAGGUGUCCUGCCCGUCCGCCCACGAGUGCGCCAUGUUUCAGCGGAGUGGCGUGUGGGAGAAGCCACGUCGUGUUUCACAUGUCGGAGUCGAAUGCAUUUGUAAAUCACUAAGUCAAGUAGGCUGGCUGCACUGUUCACAUUUGUCUCUAAAAGUCUCUAAAAGUCUUCAUCGCUAAAAGAUACCAUAAUUUGCUAAGGCUUCUUAAGCUUUCCAUGUUAUAAUUUAUAUUUGUCACUUUAAAAAAUCCAUUUCUUUUAGAAAAAAUUAGGGUGAUAGGAUAUUCAUUAGUUAAGAUGGUAACGUCAUUGCUAUUUUUUUAACAUCCUCUUUAGAGGUGAUUUUUGUUAACAUAACCAAAAAUUAAAUUGAAACAAAGUGUCCCAACUAAGAAAAUAUAUAGAGCAUUUUAUUUUUUUUUAGUGUUGUAAAAUAUUAACCUCUGUGAGAUCCUUUGUAUCUUAAUGCAUUACCUUUACACAUAUUUAUUCUUAUUUUCUCUCCUUUCAGAGUUUACAUUUUUAUAUUUAAUUUACUAUUUCAGAUUUUUAAAAUAGUAUAGAAAAAAGUAGGAGUGAUAGAGAACAAAAAUACUCUUAUACAGUGCAACCCAAAUACCGCGAAUGCAUCAGCUAAAGCAGCGUGUAAAUAGGAAUGACGAGAAAGUUAAUGGAGUAUUUUAUUUUCAAAGUUCCUGAUAAGCAUUGGAAAGAAAUCGACAUGGAUAAUGAAGAUUUCCUUUUUCCUUGCCUAUUUUUUCAUUGUAAAUAUUUAUAUACUACUGACCAAGAUGUUGGGGUGGGGGGGAUUGUUUUUUGUAAAAAUGUCAUUAUCAGGUCACAUAAAUCUGCCUUUAUGUUGCAUAAGUGAAAAUUUAGAAAAUUAAAAGCAGUUAUCUUUCA